AUGUUUAGCACAUUGCGUAUAGACAAACGAUUGGGUUACUUCCAGAAAAAGUUUUCUUUAACUGGAAAUGAAGUGAGAUAUCUUACAACAAAACAGCCUCAAUUAAUAACAUAUAACCUUCAUCAUGUCACAACAAAUACUUUUGUCAUUAGAGAAGAAUUUGGGUUUAAUGACAAUGAAGUGAAAGAACUUUUAUUAAAAAAGCCUAAAUUAUGGAUGAUGAAUCAAAAGAUACUACUAGAACGAUUCAAUUUCAUUCACAAUAUUAUGAAAAUACAACAUGAAUCUAUCUUACAAAAUGCAAAUAUACUUACUUAUAGAAAUUUCAUUGUGAAACAGCGACAUUUAUUUUUACAAAAACUAGGAAGAGCUCAGUACGAUCCAAUGAAAGAAAACUACAUAAAUCUUGAUGCACUAUGUAAUGGGACUGACAUAGAAUUUUGUGCAAAAUAUGCAAAGUGUAAUGUUCAGGAUUUUAAUACAUUCCUUAAAACAUUGUAG